AUAAUUAAUGAAGGGAGAAAACAUUUUACUACUCUUGCGCCCAGGAAACGCGAUACAUAAAUUGUUUUAGUCCGAUAUAAAAUUCAAAAAUUAUGGGGAACACUAAGGCCAUUCGCUCCCACCAAAAUUCUGGGAAUUCAGUCUACGUUAAUGCCUGACGCUACACACAAAAAAAAUUUGGGGGUGCAGUCAUGCGAGGGUGCAAAUGAGGCCACUUCAAUUUUCGCCAUGUGAAUCGAUAACCCUCGAGGGUAUGGAAAACACUGAAUAUGAAAGGACGGCAAUGGUGAAGAGCUAAUAAUCAAGGGUGUGGAUGGUCACCAGUUACAAGGUGCGGCUAGCAAGGAUUUUAACGACGCCGGCGUAUUGUUUCGCGCUGAGGCAUAAGGGAGAUACGUAAAGUCAUUAGAGUAGCGACCAACGGGGUGUUCGAAUCCCAUUAUCACGUCAAUUUUCUCCUCUUCCUCUAUUUCCAAUUUCGAUAAGGGUUGAUGGCCCAAAUGGAUAGUGAAGAGGAAAAACAUGGGGAGAAACCCAAUAGUCUGCCGAAGGAUGAAUUAGGGGUGGGCAUAUUACGUGUUGGGUCAAUCAACCGGAGGCGGUCGUCAUUCACGUCUUUAUCGUCGGAAAAGGGAACUGAGCGCCCCUCUGUCACGUUUGCACUGGACGAGGACCUCCCCAAGACAGAGGAUACGUGGAGGGGCUCAUCCGAGUUGUUCGAGGAGAUGCCACUGUCUCCGACGCUGUUGGCACAUGGCGGGAUUGAUACUACUGAGGAGGAAGAGGACGAUGAUUACUCGGUGUCGGUGUCUGCGAUGCUGCAGAGAAAGACCUCCAGGAGGUCCAGUCGGAGGAAAAAAAGGGGGUCUUCGGGGUUCUUGAAUGAAGACGCCGCGGAUAUCCCUGGGAGCUCCAGGAGACGAUCUUCAGUUUUUACUACGAGCUCGGGAGACACAGCGAUCUCGUUCGACGGGAUGGAGGAGGAUACGGAGGAGAAGGUCAAGCAGCAGCAGAUAUUCGAAAAGUUGAAGGUGCAUAAGGAAGUUUUGGGGGCUGUCAAACAUCAGCCGUGGACCCUCAGGAAGAAGGUAAAAUUAGCCAGACAGGCAAAGUCGUACAUCAGGCGGCACGAGGGUGCUCUUCAGGUACGACUCGCUCAGAGUAGGAAUACCAGAGAUAUUCUAGCGCAGGUCUCGAUUUUUAUGAACAAAAAAUGGCAGUACUUUCGGAGGGAAAUAGUCAAUCUCCAGACAUGGGUAGUGCCUUGGGAACUCCGAAUAAAAGAAAUCGAGUCUCACUUCGGUUCCGCCGUUGCCUCUUACUUCAUUUUUCUCCGCUGGCUCUUCUGGAUAAAUCUUGUUAUAUCCUUGAUACUGACCGUCUUCGUCGCAGUCCCGGAAGUUCUGACGGCAGAUAGAAAUUUGGCGGGGAAUCGCAAGGUAAUGCCGCCGGAAGUGGAAGCUAAAGCCACGCACUUAUUGACACUCUGGGAGUUCGAAGGAAUCAUAAAAUAUUCUCCUUUCUUCUACGGAUGGUACACCAAUCGAAAUUCGGAGGAUGUGGGAUACAGAAUGCCCCUGGCAUAUUUUAUCGCUAAUCUUGUCAUUUAUACCUACAGCUUCGUCGCCAUAUUGCGGAAAAUGGCGGAAAAUUCGCGGAUGAGCAAACUAUCGGAAAAAGAAGACGAGUGUGCGUUCUCCUGGAAGCUCUUUACAGGGUGGGAUUUCAUGAUUGGAAAUACGGAGACUGCCCACAACAGAGUUGCAAGCACAAUUGUGGGCUUUAAGGAAGCCCUUCUGGAAGAAGCGGAGAAGGAAAAACAACUCGGACACUGGAAAAUUACAACAGUUCGAAUUCUCGUGAACCUCGCCGUACUAUUUCUCCUUGCAUUAUCUGCCUACGCAGUAGUGCAAUUAGUGGCAAGAAGUAUGGAACCCGAGGCGACUAGCAGUUGGUGGAGACAGAACGAGAUAACAGUAGUGAUGUCUCUGAUCUCUUUCAUCUUCCCUAUAUUCUUUGAGGUCCUAGGAUUUGCUGAGAACUACCACCCUAGGAAGCAGUUGAGGGUGCAGUUAGGGAGGAUUAUGCUGCUGAAUCUCCUCAACUUGUACUCCUUAAUCAUCGCCCUCUUCGACAAGAUCAGCCACAUGGAAGAGGAGCUGCAGGCACUUAAACCAAAGGCCGAAGUUCCUGCGAUGUCGUUGGACUUUCCUCGCUGUCGUGAGGUUACAAUCCCUUGUGAGACUUGGAGAUCAAGUACUAUGCCUAUAUCCACCCUCUCAUCAAUGAAGUCAAGGGUCCUGACCACUAGUUUAGCAGCAAUGAGUGUGAUGUUGGCCACAAAUUCAACAGAAAAUUCAAUAUUUCAACCGAACGCCCUGGAGCUACGCUCCAACGAUCUUUUCGGAGAAACUCUCAUCAAUGUCGAUGGAUCCAGAGAUUACGACGCUUUGAUAACGUUAGAAGAAAAUUCAACCAUGUCUGCGAUGUCCGAGAAUCGAACAUUAGAUCCAUCACUGAACGAUCGAGAGGAAUCUUAUCCUGCGGCACAAGAUCCUCAAAAUCCUCGCGAUAAUUAUGACGACUACGAUGUCAACAUAAAUCAUGAUGAAGUCUCAACAUCGACAGAGGACUCAAAUUAUUUCACAACUAAACAAGAAACUGUCACAGAGGAAAUAUCAACGCCCAAGUCUCCAGAUCAAGAUCAAAACUUGAGGAGGUGCGUUAUCAAAGUUUGUAACGUGUGUGAAACUCCAGAGUCUGGACAGGAAGACAGUAGAAACACUCAAGUGAGUCUUGUCGCGAUUUCUAAGCUCAAUACAACGACAAAACGCAAGUUAAACAAGUUAUGCUGGGAAACAAUGUUCGGACAAGAGCUGGCGAAACUCACAAUGAUGGACCUAGUCCUCACGAUCAUUGCGACAUUGGGAGUUGAUUUUCUCCGAGCCGUGUUUGUGAGGUAUACCCACAGCUGGUGGUGCUGGGACUUAGAAAAAAAGUUUCCCCAGUACGGGGACUUCAAGAUUGCGGAGAAUAUUCUCCAUUUGGUAAAUAACCAGGGGAUGGUGUGGAUGGGGAUGUUCUUUAGUCCCGGAUUGAGUGCUCUCAAUCUUGUUAAGUUGGGGAUUCUCAUGUACUUGAGGUCGUGGGCGGUAAUGACCUGCAAUGUGCCACAUGAAGUGGUGUUCAAAGCCUCGAGGUCGAAUAACUUUUAUCUCGCACUGCUUUUGACGAUGUUAUUUCUCUGUGUUCUCCCUGUGGGUUAUGCUAUUGUUUGGGUUAAGCCUUCUUGGCACUGUGGACCUUUUGCUGGAUACCACCGAAUUUACUAUAUUGCGACACAAAGUCUAAAAGAUACUCUACCCCGAAAAGCUCACAAGGCUUUGGACUACAUCGCAUCCCCCGGUAUCGUUAUACCUCUCAUUGUCCUGAUGGCAUUGAUAAUUUACUACAUGGUCUCCCUAACAGGCUCUCUCAGAGAAGCCAAUAAUGAUCUCAAGAUUCAGUUGCGGUAUGAAAGGACUGAGGAGCGACGAAAAAUGUUUAAAAUUGCUGAGAAAAGGGGACAGGGUCAGGAUACUCCCUUCGCAAAGUGGAAGAAAAUACUGCCACCAACAGGCUCACCAAAACCUGUAGCGUCAGACCCACCGAAAAUUUCAAAAGGGAUUGGAAAUAUUCUCCAGGAAAAGCGUAAACGCGCCAUCGAGAGAAUUCGUACUUUGACGUCUGAGGCUGACGAGGCGACCGACGCAGAACCAUUAUCAUUACCGGUUGAUCCACUAUCGCCAAAAGAAGUUCUCUCGGAGAGAGAUAUUAGUGAGAACUCGGAUGUGACCAAAUUGGGGACCAAUAUACCACGCAUUCACAUAGAUGGAAUUGACAUGAACGCAGCAUUACCUGAAUCAUCGGACCAGCAUGAUCCGACGCCCUCAAGAGAGAAUGACCAAUUACAAGAAAAUAAUAAAUCAGCAGAAGAAAAAGGGGAAACAGAUAAGUGAUUCCCAAAAUACAUGGAUAAUUGCAACGUGAUGCAAGUAGAAUUGAAAUAUUGCACGUUCAUUCAAAUGUAUUCACUUUCAAAAAUUGUGAUAUAAAUCUUGCA